GUUGGACCGCCGUGCUGCAGAUGUGUGAUGUCGGCUGUCACUUUCAAAACAUAACAUUGCCUCAGCCUCCUUCCAUCUGGUCAGAAUGCACGUGGGUGGUCAUGGGGAUGCCAAUCCCAAUACGUCGUGGCUCAAGAGUCGAGGAAUGUGGGUGACAUACGGGCUAGGAAUGCUAGCGCUUCAUCUAAUUCUUCUGAGUGUACCUGUGCUUAGUAUAGCAAUGGCUUGGACCAUCACCAACCUGAUACACAACUUGUGCCAUCUUGUAUUCUUGCACUCUCUGAAAGGAGCUCCAUGGAUUGCUCAGGACCAAGGAGAUUGCCGCAGUUUGACACACUGGGAGCAAAUUGAUAAUGGGAUGCAAUUUACGAAGACUAGGAAGUUUCUAUUUGCUGUCCCAAUUGUGCUAUUUUUACUGACAUGUUUUUAUACCAAGAAUGAUUCAAGUCAUUUUGUUGUUAACUUUAUUUCACUUGUGAUAGUGAUUGUACCUAAGCUACCUCAACUCCAUAGAGUUAGAAUAUUUGGAAUCAACAAGUACUGAACAAAAGACAAUGUAUUGCAUUUUAAUGAUUUUUCUGAAUGUGAAUCUAUUUUAACACAAUUGUGCAAUAUUAUGUAAUGAAUAAUGUUAACAUGGUUGUCUAUGAUGUUAAUAGGUUUCUCAGAAUCUGAGAGAAAUCUUCCUUGUGCCAAUUUCAUUUUGAGUUCAGAAUUUAGUCCCUAUAUCUUGACAAGAACAGUCCAGCUGCCAAAUUAGUAGUAUGAAAAUGAUUUUGUUUUUGUUAUAACAGUUUUACUUAAGGCAACGUUUAAAUUAAGGUUAUCUUGUUAUCUAUAUUUGUUAACAUGCGCCCCGCCAGAUGUGUUUCUAGUACUAUUUAUAAACAUGCUGUGCAACCUUUAUUGCUCAAUAUAUUAGUUAUGUAGUCUUAGUAAAAUGUUUGCUAGAUCUUCAGACAUUUCCAAUGUGCAUUUUCUUCUAGCAGCUGGUAAUCCUAAAAUCAACAGUGCCUGGUUUAAACAAUUCAUAAGACCUGUCACAAUGUACUGCGUUAGCUUACUUUUCAUUUUGUAUUUUGUAUUUGCAUUCUGAGUCAUCAUUAUGUUAAGUUGGGAGCUGUUAUAUUUUUGUACCCUUGCCCUUUUCUUUUGCAAAGUCGUCUUAUCUUUAUACUACCUUUUUUUUAAAACAUUGUGAUAACAAUAGAUUUACCUUUAUUUGUGAUUCGAAUGAGGAAGCAAAUAAACUCCAUGUUUUGCGUC